GGAGAAUGAAUCUCAUCACUUUAUAUCGCAGGCUUGAAGUGUAAUGUUAUCUUAAACGAGGGAAUUAAUAAGACCCAUAAUGGCCAAAGCAAAGAUCGCCAAAAAAGAGGAAGCUCGAUUAAAGGAGGAGCUUCAAGCCCAAGAAAAAGAUCAAGGAAACAUUCCGGCUCCUCCUGAUGGAGGCUACGGUUGGGUAAUUGUAGCAGCUUCGUUCGUGUGCAAUAUGGUUGCAGAUGGAGUCGGGUACUCAUUCGGAAUCCUCCUACCGGCUCUUGUAGAAUAUUACGGAUCUUCCAAAGGCACCACCGCAUGGGUGGGCUCUAUAAUGGCCGGGUCCAUGUUGGGCGCCGGUCCCAUAAUAAGCGCUAUAGUUAAUAAAUUUGGUUGUAGAGUAACAUGUUUAGCAGGUUGCAUCAUUUCUUCAGUAGCUUUGGGUCUUUCUAUUUAUUCUCCUAGCAUCAGCGUAUUAAUGCUCGUCUACGGUUUCGUAGGCGGUGUUGGUUAUGGUUUCAUAUAUUUACCUGCUGUUGUGAUGGUUGGUUACUACUUCGAAUCCAAAAGGUCUUUAGCAACUGGUAUUUCAGUUUGUGGAUCAGGUGUUGGUACAUUUACUUUUGCUCCAUUGGCCAAUUACGUUUUGUCUUCAUACGGCUGGAAAACGACAGUGUUGGUACUCGCUGUGAUUAGUUUGUCUUGCAGUGUAUUUGCACUCUUAAUGAAGCCUUUAAGCUACGACGAGCCACCAGCGGAAGAGACCGUUGAAGAAGGAAAACCUCAGUCAAAAUCAGUACCACUUACCCGUUUCAGUGAGGGUAACAUUUCAAAUCCAUACAAUUCGAGUCUAUCCAUUUCAAAAAGGAAAAACAGUAUUCAACCUUUAGCGAGGAAAGAUGUGUUCUAUGCUUCAUCCAUCCAGAAUCUCAAAGAGUUCCAGUCGAGGACAUCCCUAGCGGAAUACAGAAAUAGUGUGCACAGCCUUUCUUCGCGACCUAAAAGCCCUUAUGAAGAUUCCGGAUCCUGCUCCGAUACCUGCGGCCAAUUAAUCGAUCUCAGUCUACUAAAAGAUCCCGUCUUUUCGAUUAUAGCUGUAUCAAAUUUGUUUGGCAUGACAGCUUUCUACAUACCUUUUGUGUAUCUCAUAGAACUCGCUAAAGUAGAAGGAAUCGAGGCGAGUCAGGCUGCCUUUUUGAUCUCCGUUAUCGGCAUCGUCAAUACAAUAGCACGUAUCGGCAUUGGCUUCAUAGCCGACAUCAAGUCCGUUAACAAUUUCCACGUGAACAAUUCAGCUCUACUACUUGCUGGCGUGACCACAGCAGCUUUCACCAUGUGCCAUUCAUACACGUCUUUCGUAAUCGUUUCGAUAUUUUUUGGAGUGGCUGUUGCUGCAUACAUUUCUUUAACUUCGAUUAUCCUAGUGGAAUUCAUGGGGCUGGAAAAAUUGACCAAUGCCUUCGGUUUGACGAUACUAUUCAGAGGAGUUGCUUCUUUGAUAGGCAGUCCGAUGGCUGGGACUUUAUACGACAUGACUCAGUCGUAUAAUGUACCAUUUUUCGUCGGCGGAGCUUUAUUCGUCGUCGCAGCUAUCAUCAGCGCCUCAGCUCCGUUUUUCAGAAAGAAGAAGAAGACUGUAGACAUGGACGGUGAACAAAUGGUUCCCAUGAACAAAUAGACACAACGGUUUUUUGGAUUUUAUACAGCUAAUAAAUAUUUUUAUUUAUUUACUAA